GAGGAGGAUUUUGGGUACGAUGACGAUGAAGUGAUCGACCAGCUGCAGCUGACCAUGUCCGACCUUCGCAAGCAGAAACUCGACCUUCCACCACCCCCCAAGGUCCCGGAGGUCCCCCAGAUCCCGUUCGGUACCGGCGGGAAUACACCUUUGAGGAGAUGACCGGGAUCCGUGGCGCCCCCAGCGGCGUUCCCAACGGCACGGGGGUCGUCAGGGUCGACGUUCAAAGGUCGCCCAGCCCCACCCCCAACAGGACUCCUUCCCGGGAGGGCUCCUACAGGCGGCAGUCUCCACGGCAACAGUCGCCUAGGCAACAGUCACCACGACAACAGUCUCCAAGGGAACCAUCUCCACAGCAACUAGAACCGACCAGGUCGAUGAGUCAUCGGGACGAGGCUCCUGAUUGGUCGGUUCCGCAAGGCACUGUCAGCCAACCGCAGGAGGCCGUGAUGACGUCGCCGCUGCCGAAGGAAACAUGGCGGACGACGGACCUGGACAGUGCCGGAGCGUUGCCCCCGGCGAUGACCUUCCACCCCGAGCCGACGUUCCAGUAUCCCGAGCCGAGCGAACGCCUUCCGCAGAGGCAGCCGUCGUGGAGGACAACCAACCUGGACAACCCUGUUCCCGCCAGGACAACCUCGGACAACCCCGCCAGGCAGCCAUCUGUCGCCGAGCAGCCCCGCCUGGUAACCGUCGCCGAGCAGCCCCGCCCGGCGACUGGCCAGGUGUACCACCUGCCCACGCAGCACUUUGAGCGGAACGGGAAAUCCCUGGACGUCACCGUCCAAAUAAGGACUUCCCCGCUGCCCAGCGGCGGUGACCCAGGGCGCAGUGACCCAGGGCACACAAGCCCGCGGCGCGAGUACGAGUUUCGCUCGCCGGGAGGGGUCGGAGGUCAGCACAUCCUGCCUGGUGGCGGGGUCGGGGGUCAGCACAUCCUGCUGGGCAGCGGGGUCGGGGGUCAGCACAUCGGCGGGGUCGCCCAGAACGGGCUGGAGAGGCCGAAGGUGAACGGUCGCGACCCUAACCGUGACUCGGCGUACUCACACAGCUCGGAUUACGAUAACGUGGAUGGGGACCAGUACGAAGUCUUCAUGGAGAAGUCGCUGGAGAAUCUCGAGUCCGGAACCGCGUACGACUCCGACGUGCCCAACGAACUCGCCUUUAACAACCAACAUGGCCGCCACUCCCCCACCAAGGUCAACCAGCAUGGCCGCCAGUCGCCGGUCAAGCGCCCCGACCAGCUCACCAUCCACGAGCACUCCCAGCAUGCUCCGCAGGACUCCCAGCAUGCAAUGCAGCAGCCGCGCGGCUACGAGCACUUCGUCGAGCUGCCGCAGAGGAUGGGCAAGGACGUUCAAGGUCACGGGGACUUCAUGCCCAUGGCGCAGACGGAACACAGGCAGCGUGGGUCGCACUCAAGGUCGUCAGGGUCAAAAGUGAGAUCCCCAACUGGAUCUAACCCACGAUCUCCCAUGGGUUCUAACCCAAGGUCACCCAUGGGAUCCAACCCAAGGUCACCCAUGGGUUCUAACCCGCGAUCUUCGGCGGGAUCACAUGAUCACAGAUCCCACGGCGGCAGUCAGAGCGACAGGGGCAGUGCCCGCAGACGCUCCAGCAAGAAAAAACAUCCGCCAGUCUACCUGUAAACAACUGUUUACCUGUAAGCAACUGUUUACCU